AUGGCGGAACUGGAUCGUCUGAUGGGGAAGGGUUAGUUAGGUGGCGCUUCAAAUGUCAUUGGCGAGGAACUCCACUCAAGCCAAUUCAGACACAAGAGGCUAGUUGCUUCUAAAUAAACACCCGUCUAGUAGCCUGUGUAUAUGAAUUUCCGGAAAAUGCAACUACUUAAGUAGUGCGUACUGUGUCCAUAGACUUUCGACGCCUGCACGGCCUCAAUCAUCCUCAAUGGGAGAGUGCAGGCAAAAGAAUAUGAAUGUAGGCAGAAUGGUAUUACCGUCAAAGACAAGGGAGACUGGAAUGGCCAUUUCUGACUUAUUAGCCGACGUCAGCCAGUCAUACCCAACCCCGAAGUGUGGAACACCCGAGGCUCAAACUCGCGACUUGUUAGCUAAAAGUCCACGCCUCUAACCACUGGGCCACGGCCCCGUUGCCCUGUCGGUUUCGAUCGCGAAUAUACAAUGACGGAGAGCGCGCACCGAUCGUUCUUACGGAACUCACUCGUUCCGUUGUGCCUUAUGAACCCUCUCUCGCUGGUUGGGUUCGAGAGAGAGGGCCCGUAAGGCACAACGGACCGAGUGAGUUCCGUAAGAACGAUCGGUGAGCGCCCCCUGCCAUAAAAUAUGAAUAUUGUGCAACGAGGGGAUCAGAAUCGUCGCCGCCGCGGGUGGUACUGGAGUUAUUGGUCCCUAGGCAAACGGGACAGCCGAAUGUGUGGUCUGGCUAGGGAGCUCACGGGAGUUUGCAACUGGUCGUACUUUAGUUAUGAAAGAUUGAAUCCCACACGCUUUCACAAUUGCGUCAGUUAAAUUAUUCAAACUUGUCAAAGACACCUGCACGGAGACGUAUACAUUUGUCUCGGAAGAGAUAGAGGCCUAAAACGUGUGAACCCGGUAUGUUUUUUCAAAAUACACAGACGCCUGUCGAGUCUCUUUGAAACAAAAUGCUUCCUUCAAGUAGAGAAAUAGAGCAGGGCGUGCUCUUCUGCGAAAAAGAACUCAAGAGACUAAUUCCUUAUGACAUUUUGUAACAAUUUCCUCAAAUUCGUGCGAUCCUCGGCAAAGGAACAAAAACAGCAUACGUUGCUCUCAUUCAGGGCGUCAUUUACAGAAGUAGCAUAUUGGCGUGUAGGGAUUGGUUCAGAACUGCUAUCCCGUUAAUCUGGUUUGCGAGCUUGCCUAGACAACAGUUCCGUUUAAAGGCCUAUUGAGAAGUCAUGCACGGUGUUUAACAAUCUCCGUCACCUACAAUGCACAUUCCCAUCCCUGAUUGGAUGUGCAAGGUCAGAGGGCAACAAGUAUUCUCCGCACACGAGCCAUCAGAAGACAGGCUCCCUCCCAGGCAACCAGCUGAGGAGGAAGCGUUCGAGCGACAUGUACAGUACGCAGUGGACUUUCUCCUUGUGUGCAACAUCUUGUGACAGGUGGUAAUGCAGGGGAAGACUACCGAAAAGACACGAGAGACUUGGAUGACCAAUUCUGGCUCAUUUGUCGUUGUCAACCAGCCUUACACUAAUCCAGGUUUUCGGGUCAUCCGAGGCUCGAAUUGGAGCUCUUUUGGCUAUUACUCGGACGCUUUAACCAUUGAGACACGAGACUUCUUGUACAGUCGGUUGAGACCGGGCAUAUAAACUAUAGUGGAGCAGGCUGAAAACGGCUAGUAAGCUGGAGAUGUUAACCCCAGUCUCUCUUGUCUUCGUCGGUAAUGCUAUGCUGCCUAUAUUAUUAGUCGCUGUGCGACUGCCUACGGGGCCCCAAGUGCUUGCACCAAAGCACAACGGGUCAAGUAUGCCCCAUAACGCGAUCACUGAGCGCCCUCUAUCAUACUGGUAAAAAUCGGCCUCUUUAAAAAUGUUCAGCUUCCCGCAUACUUCCAUCGCUGUUAUUUCAGUUCGUCAGGCAGGUUCUAUGAAGGCAAUCGUCAAAGAAAAACCGCGGUCUGGCAAAGACAAUGCUACUGCACCGACUAUUGUGGCCUAGACGCCGCCACCGCCGCCGCCGCCGCCGCCGCCGCCGCCGCCGCCACCACCACCACCACCACCACCACCACCACCACCACCGCAAGACCUCGCUCAGUUGAAGCAGCCAGGAUGGGCGCCAUUCAUGAUGCGUUUCGAAUGUGGCAACGGGGUUCAAUACUGAAACCGGUCAAUCGGCGAGAAAGAGUAGCGGACUAA